UAGUUAACAAAUCAAACCCCUUGCUGUGUCUGAAAAUUUCUCUACUGUAUGGGAGCCUUGUUAUUAAGCUCUGCUUCUUUGUUAAAAGCUCGGCUGAUGCCUUGAGUCACAACAAACAAGUCUUGUAAAACAAAAAAGAGACAUGUACGUCUUACAAAAGAGCGGCAUGCACCCAAGAACAAGUAGCUGCACAACACGGCAGGCACACAGCUAGCUAGCUCGGAGCACGUGUUAGAGAAGCCGUCAUCCGACACCUUAUAUAUAGACAGAGGGGAGGAAUGGAGCAGCUAAAUAGGUGUGUCAUCAUCAAUGUCAGGAAACUGCAAGCAGCAGCUAGCUAGCUAGCUCUAGAUAGAUCAGCUGAGAGUUGAUCGAGAGCGGCCAUUGAUGAGCUUCGCAGCAGCGGUGCAAUGGUGGGAGGACUGGCAGCUGCGGCUGUUGGUCCUGGCCAGCCUCUUCUUCCAGUACUUCCUCUUCGCCGCCGCCGUCGUCCGGAAGCUCCGCGUCCCGCACUGGUUCAGGGCGCUCAUCUGGCUGGCCUACCAGGCCGGCGACGUGGUGGCGAUCUACGCCCUGGCCACGCUCUUCAACAGCCACAAGGAGGAGGCGCUGGCCAGGAACCCGGCGGCGACCGCCCACCUGGACACGCUGUGGGCGCCCGUCCUGCUGCUGCACCUCGGCGGCCAGGACGGCAUUACAGCCUACAGCAUCGAGGACAACGACAACUGGAGACGCUACCUUCUGCUUGCCGGCUGUCAGAUCACCGUGGCCAUCUACGUUUUCCGCAAGUCAUGGUGGUCAGGCGACCAGCUCCUGCUACGAGCAGCGAUCCUGCUCUUCGUCCCCGGCAUCCUCAAGUGCCUGGAGAAGCCAUGGGCGCUCAAGAACGCGACGGUGACGAGCAUCAUGAACUCCUCCGACCCACGGCUGGAACGAACCCUCGACGAAGACGACGACGGCGGCGUCCAGAAGCACAUCUACUCGCAGGAGGACUACGUGCAGGCCGCAGCCGACACCUUCGCCGACUUCGAGCCCAAGGCUGAUCUGGAGCUCUUCGACGACGAGGAGGUGGCCGACCAGCCGUACCACCUCCUCGUCGACCUCGGCCACCCCUACUCCAUCCGGCUCCGCAACCUGCAGCUCGUGGCGCCGCGCGCCGCGCGCGCCGACGUGCACGGCCUUGUCCGCUCGUCGCUCUCCAGGGCGUUCGACCGCGUCUACACCAAGCACAAGGCGAGCUUCGGCGGCCUGCUGCGCGCCGCCGUCGUGCUUCUGACGUUCGUCGACAUCGGGCUGUUCCAGAGGAGCCGCCACCGCCGCGGCGUGUACGACCGCGCCGACGUCGUCGUCACCUACGUCCUGCUCUGCUGCACCGCCGCGCUGGAGUUCGUCUCGGCGUGCCUGGUCCUGGGGUCGGGACUGCCCAAGCCCGACGACCAGCUCGCGCAGUACAACCUCGUCGGCUACCUCGCCCGCGGCGAGAAACACCCGUGGUUGUCGGCGGUGGCGCGCCUGCUGGGGGCUCGGCUCCAGCUGGACCGGCUCUGGUGCACGGCGCCGCCGGUGCCGUCGCUCGGCAUCACCAGGCUCGUCUACGACCACGUCGCCGCCGGGUGGAAGGAUUACAUAUGGGAAUCUUUGUACGAGCACGACGUCGUCGCCACCGGCGGAUGGAAGCGGAAGCCAACUCCAACCGACGACGGUGUGCGAGCCUACCGGCAGUUCAACGACAGCCGCGGCCAGCGGACGCUGGAGAGGGAGGGAUGCAGCGGCCGGAGCGCCGUCGAGGAGAGCCUGCGGAUGCCCUUCGACGAGAGCGUCCUGCUGUGGCACCUCGCCACGGAGCUGUGCUACUUCGACCAUGUGGACACCGGCCAUGACGCCACCCGGCAUAGCAGGAUGGUGUCCAACUACAUGGCGUACCUGCUGGUCGUGGAGCCGGAGAUGCUGAUCGCCGGCGCCAGGAGCAGGCUCUUCAGGGCAACCUACCACAAGCUCAGGAAAAUGCUCAAGCCACCGCCGGAGGAGGAGGAAGUGGUGGAGCUCGAGGCGACGGAGAAGAAGGCGCCUCCGCCAAGGGCCAAGAACGAGAUGGUGCGGAAGGUGAUCCAGCAGGUGAAGAGUAGUAUCGGUCUCGGCUCGGAAGAUCUUGUUCACAAGGCGUGGGCGGUUGCCAACGAGCUCAUGGAAUUUGCCGAGGAGAAGAGACAGGAGUUCAUCAAAGAUGAGAGUGCAAGGAAGGAGAAGAUGGAGACUCUGAAGGUGGCCAUGGAUUCAGCCAAGAAUAAGGCAGUGGAGCACAUGGAGUGUAAGGAAAUUUGCAAUUGCAAGAUGAAGGAAAAAAUGGAAACUGCCAAGGAGAAUGCAGAGGAGUUCAUCAACGUGGAAAAAAAGAAGAAGCAAAAUGAGGAUGAGGAGAGGCUCACUCAGCUCUUGGAGAAGGCCAAGAACAAGGCAGAGGAGUUGAUCAAGAACGACGAAAAGACGGCGGCGGACGUAGCUAAGGAAGAGGAGAAGAAGAAGCAAAUGGUGAAGGAUUUCUCUAACAGUGCACAGGCGGUCAUCAAGGAGAUCGACGAUCAGUUGAAAGAGGAGGUGAAGAAGCAGCAGCAGCUGACGGACCUCGUGGAAAGGAGUCUCAUAACCAACGAGAAGGAGCUGCUCAUGAUCCGGAGCAGGGAGCACGCGGAUGACAAGAUGUGGGCGGUGAUCCAGGGCGUGUGGGUGGAGAUGCUCUGCUUCUCCGCGGGCCGGUGCCGCGGAUACCUGCACGCCAAGAGCCUAGGCAAUGGCGGCGAGUACCUCUCCUACGUCUGGCUCCUCCUGUACUACAUGGGGAUGGAGACCAUGCCGGAGAGGAUGCAGAGGCUGGAGCUGCCCACGGUUGGGGACACAGGAGAUCUGGUAAAGACACCCACGGAUGAGGAGAUGGACGACGACGACGAGCCGGCACAGGGAACAACCGCCGCCCCAAGGCGACGACGGGCAAUACACGCCGCCCCAAGUGCAACGCCACAGCCACAGGCAGGCGCAGGCGCAGCAUCUGUUGCUCAAACGGCACCACAGCAGCAGCGUCUGGUGGCGACGCCGCUGCCAGCGAUAUCGGCUACAGCGGUGGUGCCCGUCGGUGAUGACAUUGUUUGACUGGGGGCAGGGGCAAACCCAUGGUGAUGAGCCGUGGAGAUCUGCAUCGUCCUCGUGUUUCUGAUUGCCCUUGAUUUCUGCACGAAUUUUCGUUUCCUCAGUCGGUUUGUUUUUGGAGGAUGUGUCAUGUGUGUGCUAAGUGUCGUCGUUUGGUGUGGCUAAUCCUGCUUCUGCCACUAAUCUUGAUCUGUAAAUGAAUCAAAUAAAAAGCUACAAGGUGCGUUGGUUUUGCUUGUACAAGUUA